AUGGCGGGGGCUCCCGAGUUGGGGAGCCUCUCGCUUCCGCGGGCCGUGGAGAGCGUGGCCGGGACAGAAGGCCGCGCCGCGGGCCCCGCCAUCACCCCGCGGGAGGACUUCCGCGUGCGCUGCACCUCCAAGCAGGCCGUGCUGGAGCUGAUGGAGCUGUGCGGCCGCUUCGUGCGAAAGCUCGGGGACGCGCUGCCGGCGGAGGUUCGGGAGCCCGCGCUGCGAGACGCGCAGUGGACGUUUGAAUCUGCUGUGCAAGAGAAUGUCAGCAUUAAUGGGCAGGCAUGGCAAGAAGCUUCAGAUGAUUGUUUCAGGGAUUCUGAUAUCAAAGAGCUUGAAGAUCACUUUGAUGAAAUCAUAGUAGACUUAGCCGCGAAACGUAAGCAGUAUCCCAGAAAGAUCCUUGAAUGUGUCAUAAAAAUUAUAAAAGCAAAACAAGAAAUUCUGAAAGAAUACCACCCUGUUGUACACCCAGUGGACCUAAAAUAUGACCCUGAUCCAGCCUCUCGUGUGGAAAAUUUGAGAUGCAGAGGAGAAACAGUAGCAAAGGAGAUCAGUGAAGCCAUGAAGUCCUUGCCUGCAUUAAUUGAACAAGGAGAUGGAUUUUCCCAAGUGUUAAAGAUGCAGCCUGUUAUCCAACUCCAGAGAAUCCACCAGGAAGUCUUUUCCAGUGGUUAUAGGGAGCCAGAUGCUAAACCUGAGAACUUUAUAACACAAAUAGAAACCACACCAACAGAGACUUCUACCAGCAAAACCACUAACGUGGUACUGAAAAGAAAGCAAACUAAAGACUGCCCCCAGAGAAAAUGGUAUCCAUUGCGGCCAAAGAGAAUUAAUCUUGAUACAGAGUGGUUGGGAGCAGAGGGAGAAGAGAGAGAGAAAGAGAAAGAAGAAAAAUAUCAAUGUGAGAGAGACACAUCGAUUGGUUACUUUCCACACGUGCCCUGA